AUGCACCGUCGGGCUCUGCCGCCAAACCAAAAAAAGAAUAUACUACCUUGCAUCACACUUACAUUUCUUAGUUUUUUAAAAUCCCGAUCCUCCAAAGGUAAUUUAGACAGAAAUACAGAUCCAAUCGAUGAGGAUGAAGACGGAUUGACAUCGAUGUCUGGUGGUUCAUUUGCAGUCGGACAAAAUGUGAUUGAUUGUCUAACGCCACAACCUACACCACUACUACCAAAAAAGUCACAGAUUAAUCUAAGUGAUGUUAAUAAGUCUGCGUACGAAUACUUUUCAAGAAAAACCAAACAAAUCAAUACAAAAGAACAAUACGUGGGCGAUUCAGACGCUGAUAUGGCCUUUUUCCGCAGCAUGCUACCAGAUGUGAAAGGAAUGACUCGAGACCAGAAAAUAAAAUUUAAGAUAGGCGUACUUAACUUAAUUGGACAAAUUUUAAAAGAACCAAGUAAUAGUCCUAUCUCAUAUUCGAGGAGUUCAUUGAGAACUGAAUCCCCUUACCAAAGAACCCCGUCACGGGAGUCAGAGUACGGUUCAUCUGUACAAUUGAGAUCAUAUGGAAGUCCAAUACACGAGCCGGCACUUCAUCAGACGCAACCGACACCUCAGCAGACUCAGAUAACUGGCACUUAUGGAGCUUCGGAACUUCAGCAGACGCAGAAAACUGGUGCUUACGGAGGUUCAGCACUUCAGCAGACAGACAACUGGUGCUUACGGAGGUCCAGCACCUCAGCAGACGCAGACAACCGGUGCUUACGGAGGGCCAGCAACUCAGCAGUCGCAGACAACUGGUGCUUACAGAAAAACGUAUUUACCGAUGUUUUCUCCAACUACUGCGGUUUUGCCUCAUGA